UUCAGAAUUUUGAAUUUCACGAAGUAAAAGGACUUCGUGAUGCACCGAAAGACAUUGCGAUACAUCUUUCGUGAAAUGUUUUAGAAAAAAUACAUAAACUCUUCCCAAGCUCUUCACGAUGACUGAUGGAAUUGAGGAAUUCAAAGUUACAGACUGGGAUAUAGAAAAUGAAUUUAACCCAAACAGAGUAAGACACAAUUUGACAAAAGAGCAACAGAUAUACGGUGUGUUUGCAAGUUAUAAUAGUGAUGAUGAGGAUGAGCAAUCGAGUUUUGGUCGGAAAGAAAAGAAUUUUCCCACACAGAUAAAUUUUAUAAGUGGUGGUGUGAGAACAGUAGGUGAAAAAACUGAGAAAAAAGAUUCAGAAGAUGAAAAAGGAUCUAGUGAAGAUGAAGAAACUAUUAAACCCAAACCUGUUCCAAGGAAAAGUUUUUCAAAUGAAAGAAGUGGUUUGAGUGGCAAUCGAAAUGCAUAUCAAAUAGCAGGAUUAAGAAAUCUUCAAAAGUCUAAUACAAACAAUGAAUUUGGCAGUUGGGAGAAGCACACUAAAGGUAUUGGUCAGAAACUUUUACUGCAGAUGGGUUAUGAACCAGGUAAAGGUUUAGGUAAAAAGCUUCAAGGGAUAACAACUCCUAUAGAAGCAAAACUUCGAAAAGGCAAAGGAGCUAUUGGAUUGUAUGGACCUGAACAGCCAACUAUGACACGUGCAAGUGGACCUGGAGCUGUUACUCUAGAGGCUGAGGUGGUGGAGAAAGAUGUGAAAAAGCAUCAACGCCAGUGGAAGAAAAAAGAUGGAGAUUCUCAACUGAAGGUAAAAUACAUAUACAAAACUGCAGAUGAAGUUGUCCAGGAAGGAGCAAAUAAAAGAUUCCGAGGGGAUUCAAGUUCAAUUAGCAGUGUGAAGGUAAUUGACAUGACUGGUCCUGAACAGCGAAUAUUGUCAGGUUAUCAUCAGAUUCAUCAACAGCACAGCAAGCCCCCCGAUCAGGAAGAAGAUUCUCAAGUUAAAACCAGUAGCAGAGGGUAUCACUUUUCUUUACCUGAGUUGGAGCACAAUUUGAAACUUCUCGAAGAGGAUGAAAAACAGAAGAUAAUUAGAUGUGAUCGUCAGAAACAGUUUGCUCAAGAUAAGUUAAUAAACUUAGAGCAUGAACAAAACCGGCUUGAAGAAGUGAUAACUCAAGAAGAAAAACAAAUUAAAACUUUGGAAAAAGUACUUAAAAUUGUAGAAAGUUUGGAUAAUAAAAGUGAUGAUGAUGAUAGCAACACAACUCUUGAAAUUGCAGCCAGAACUUUCAAAGAUCUGCAAGAUGAGUAUUAUGAAGAAUACAAAUUGUAUAAUUUGAGUGAUUUAGCUAUUACUAUAGUUGUUCCUUUGGUUAAAAAACUGUUAGCUGAUUGGAAUCCCUUGGAACAAAAGCAUCAUUGCAUAGAUAUUUUUCAAGACUGGAAAGCACUGUUAGAAUCCAAUAGCUCAGUGGUUUCUUGGAACAAAGGAACAGAACAAGAACUGGAACCCUAUCAUCGACUAGUCUGGGAUGUUUGGAUGCCCCCUGUUCGUAAAGCGAUUUUGGGCUGGAAUGCUCGUAACUGGUCUCCAUUAGUAGAACUUCUAGACACAUGGACACCACUAUUACCUCCAUGGGUGAUGGGUAAUAUUUUAGAACAGUUGGUUCUUCCUCGCUUGCAAAAAGAAGUAGAAGCAUGGAACCCUCUGACAGAUACUUUACCUGUACAUUCGUGGCUGCAUCCUUGGUUACCACUUAUGGCUUCACGUUUGGAACCUUUAUAUGCUCCAAUACGACAUAAAUUGGCUUCUGCAUUAGUCAACUGGCAUCCAAGUGAUUGUUCUGCUAAAUUAAUAUUGGAACCAUGGAAGACAGUAUUUUCCCAAGGUGUUAUGGAUGCAUUUGUCAUAAAUAAUAUUGUGCCUAAACUGGCUAUGGCACUUCAAGCUUAUGUUAUCAAUCCACAUCAGCAACAUUUAGAUGUCUGGAACUGGGUGAUGGCUUGGUUGGAUAUGAUGCCUGAGCCAUGUAUGAUAACAUUACUUGAGAAAAACUUUUUUCCAAAAUGGCUACAAGUUCUUUAUACUUGGCUCACUCACAGUCCAAACUAUGAAGAAGUGACAAAAUGGUACACAGGAUGGAAAUCCAUGCUGCCACCUUCUUUAUUAACACAUCCCACUAUAAAAGAACAGUUUAGGCAAGCCCUGGAUAUUAUGAAUAGAGCUGUGUCUGCACCUCAAGGGCUUCUAGGACAACAGCCUGGUGCUAAAGAAAGCAUGGCAUAUCUUACAAAUGUUGAAAGACAGCAAGAAUUAGACCGCCAUGUGAAACCAAGAAGAGAUUAUGAAGCCAUGAUGCAGACUAUUCGUGGAUCUACAUCUGCAGCUUCCCUCACAUUAUCCUUUAAAGAACUUAUUGAGAAAAAGGCUGAAGAAAGUAAUAUACUUUUCAUGCCAGUGCCAGGCCGAUUUCAAGAAGGCAAGCAAGUUCAUAGAUUUGGCAGCAGUUUGUUAUAUUUGGACAGAGGUGUUAUUUUUGUGUUCAACCAAAAGACAUGGGUGCCAACAUCUUUACAGAGUUUAUUAGACACAGCAGGUUGAAUGUGUUCUAUUAAUAUAUUUGUAAAUAGUAUUAUGUAUGAUAAUUUUAGAAUAAAACCUUUUUUAAUCAAAA